GCAGAUCUCGCGAUACUUUCCCGUGGUUACCAGGGGAACCCAAGUUGGAACGAGCGGGCAAAGUAGUCAUGAGCGGUUCUGUCGCGGGAUGCUCGCUCGUGACAGCGUCUGGCUUUUCUUUGACGAGUCAAUAAACCCUCAGCAACAUUUCCGAAUGAAGAGCACGAGUGAGCGUGCUACCACCCAAGUCGGACUUUAAAUAAAAGGACCUCCUUCAAAAUGCCGUCCGGUCAGAUUCUCCAACCAGUCCUGAAGAUGAAGGUGGACGAGCUCUUCCUCACCUGGUUGAGCCAGCCCAAAACCCAAACGGUCCUCAAAGGCUACCUGGACCUCAUCAAAAGCGGCCAGCGCUCCGAUUUCAGCGACGUGAGCGUCAAGGAGAAGUGCACUCUCACCUUCAACCAAAACAACAACGUGGCGGCCCAAAAGAACUCGGCGGAGAAGAAAGCUGCCGCCUUCAACGUGGGCCCCAGUCCGCCUUGUGCCUCCGUCCUGCCCUCGGGAUGCAACGGUGGCCCCAGGGCGACGGGACCCCACGGCAGGAUCUUGCGGAGGUCCGUCAGCUCCAAAAAGCAGGCGCAGGUGAAGACAGAGGAACCCGUCAGCCGCCCGCUGAGCGAAAGCAUUCCGAAGUUCUACUUCCCGCAAGGUCGGCCUCAAGCCAACGUCAACGUCGACGGCCUCAUUUCCAAAAUUGAGGCCGCCUUCUGCCAGUUCCCCAAUGAAAGGGCCACCAUUGAGGACAUGGCGCAGGUUGCCAAGGCCUGCGAGUGUCCCCUCUACUGGAAGGUGCCAUUGUUCUGCUCGGCCGGGGGAGACAGGACGGGCUUCGUGUCCGUGCACAAGUUCGUGGCCAUGUGGCGCAAAACACUGCAGACCUGUCACGACGCCGCCGCCAAAUUCGUGCACCUCCUGGCUAAGCCUGGCUGUAAUUACCUGGAACAAGACGACUUUAUCCCCCUCCUGCAGGAUGUGGUCAACUCUCACGCGGGCCUGGCUUUCCUGAAAGAGGCGUCGGACUUUCACUCCAGAUACAUCACCACGGUGAUCCAAAGGAUAUUUUACACUGUGAACCGCUCGUGGAAUGGAAAAAUAACGUGUUGCGAACUCCGGAAGAGUAACUUUCUUCAGAACGUCGCGCUGCUGGAGGUGGAAGAAGACGUCAACCAGCUGACGGAGUUCUUUUCCUACGAGCACUUCUACGUCAUCUACUGCAAGUUCUGGGAGCUGGACACCGACCACGACCUGUACAUCGACCCCAAGGACCUGGCGCAGCACAACGACCAAGCAAUCUCCCAAAAGAUGAUCGAGAGAAUAUUCUCGGGAACCGUGACGAGGGACAGGCGCGUAUUCAAGGAAGGCCGCCUGAGUUACGCCGACUUCGUGUGGUUCCUCAUCUCCGAGGAGGACAAGAAGACGGACACCAGUAUAGAGUACUGGUUCCGCUGCAUGGACCUGGACGGCGACGGCGUGCUGAGCAUGUACGAGAUGGAGUACUUCUACGAGGAGCAGUGUCAGAAGCUGGAGAGCAUGGCCAUCGAGCCGCUGCCCUUCGAGGACUGCCUCUGCCAGAUGCUCGACCUCGUCAAGCCUCGAGUCCAAGGUAAAAUCACGCUGAGGGACUUGAAGAAGUGCAAGCUGUCGCACGUCUUCUUCGACACCUUCUUCAACCUGGAGAAGUAUCUGGACCACGAGCAGCGGGACCCCUUCUCCGUCCUCAGGGAGGUGGAGGCGGAGGGACAGGAAGUGUCGGACUGGGAGCGCUACGCCGCCGAGGAGUACGACAUCCUGGUGGCCGAAGAGGCCGCCGCCAACCCCUGCGACGACGGGUUGGAAAGGCUGCAGAGUCCCUCCGACGGGGGUCUGACCAAGAGGACCUUCUUCCAGAUCCCCGUGGAGGACCGCGAACUGGACCUGGACCUGGACCUGGACCUGGACGAGUACGAGGACGACUUUGAGUGAGCCGCCGGCGCCGUUUUGAGCUUCUCACAGGAAAACUGUCGACAGCCAACUGCAGUUUUGUCUUCUUGGCACUUUAGACAUUUUUUUGGGGUGGGGUGGGGGAUAUGACAUCACAAAUUUGACUCCGCCUCCGUCCCGUCCAUUGGCUCGCUUAACAUUCCAGUGAUCAUACCGGACGGAAGCUUCUGUAUGACAAAAUGUCAAAUCGUCACAUGGACACUGCGUGUGAGACGGCUCUUUUAAUUUAUUGUAUGAAUUUAUAAAUGUAUGUGUAAAUAUAGUUUGCCGUGAUGUAAAUGAUUUGGGGGAGUUUGAAAGGCAUUUUUUUUAUGUAAUAAAGUUA